AUGAAAAUUUUAGUAGUUAAUAUUUGUAUUGUUUUAUUUAAUCUAAGCAUUUUGGUCAAUCUAACUACAGCAGAUGAACUUGGUGAAUCAUCGUGUAGGUAUGCAGGUGCCCAUGAUCCCCAUGGUGAUAAAUGUCACGAAGAUAAAGUGAAGUUAAAAAAACUACCAUCACCUGAAUGCACAGCUUUAGUUCAUGACGGAAUAACAUGUAAAGACGAUGGUCCUGAUAAUUAUCCAACCUAUAUUCCAACGGACUUCGAAACCUUUCAAUCAAUUGUAAAAUUUAGCGAUAAUGUACAUAUAUUUUAUGGUUAUCAAGACAUUCAAUCUUGGUCUGUGGCAGUCGAUUAUGAAAAAAUUGUAGUUGAAGCUCAAACAGCAAAAAAGUUUUGUGAUUUUUUUGGUGUGAAGGGGUUGAUUCUAAAAGGAAUAUAUUACGAUUAUAAUCUUGCUCCAGAUUAUCAUUUUCCUGAAGACUUCAACUCAAAAUUAAAAACUUAUGUGCAGACUAUGAAAACUGACAUGCCUUACUUGAAAGUUGGGUUGUAUUUAAAUGCAAAAAGUGUGAUUUAUUAUAGAUAUGAUACAUUGUCUCCAGAUUGGUUUGAUUUUGGUAUGUUAAACGACGUUUUGGAUUACUAUGUAGUUGGAUUUGAGGAGUUUAAUGAAUGCACUGAUAAUUUGUUAAAUGGUGGAGUUACUCCUAUGGAUUCACCAGAUCCAAAUAUUAAUACCUUAAAUAAACUUGGAGCUGCUUUAAACACGUCAAACAUUCCGCAGCAAAAACUUUACUUAGAAUAUAUAAUAAAUCCUACUGUGCCGAAAGCUGAUGAAAAUAAUUUUAUGAAAUGUCAAAUAUCAUAUAAUGAGUAUUGUCAACAUUAUUAUAAAUAUAGAUGGUGUGCCGAUAAUCAACAAACAUUCUUUGACAAGGGUAGGUUUGCUAAACUAUAUGCAAAUGGAUUCAUAGGAAGGGAUAUAGAUUUAAUCGAUCGCGAUCUACAAUGUAAUUGUGAUAACGAUAAGUAUAUUACGUUUCAUAUGAUAUUAAAUGGAUAUAAAGGAUUGGGAAUGAAGAAAUGCACUAGAAUAAACGGCAGCUGA